AACAACCAGUAAAAGCCACAGAAUUACAGAGGGUAAAACCGGAGAAUUGCAUAGGAGGUAAUGGCAAUGGAGAUUUUCCAGGUCUUCCAGAUGACAUUGGCAGAAGGUGUUUGCUGAGAGUGCCACGCACUUCACACUACAAGUUGGCUGUUGUUUGUAAAACUUGGAAAAACAUUGUAUGCAGCCCACAUUUCUAUCAAGACAGAAAGAGGUCUGGUCUGUCUCAGGAGCUGAUCAUACUAGCAUGCACGGACGGAAAAACAGAUAGUUGCAGAGACUAAAGCUUUACGACCCUCUCCAGAAGUCAUGUGAAACCCUGCCGCCAUUUCCAUAUCAUUCAAUUUCCUUCAACUGUGUUGUCUUCAACCACAAAUUGUUCUUCAUGGACAUUCAAACUAGCUGGCCCGAGUCCACGGUUCAAAAAGAACUUGUCAUCUACGAUUUUUCUUCUGGGUUAUGGAAGCGAGGUCCCGACCUACCCGAUUGCAGAUAUGAGUUCUGCUGUUCUCUGGACUCAGCUAAAGGAUUGAUUUACAUUGCUGGAGGGUAUGACAGUGAUGAUAAGAAAUUGCGUACAGCCAUAGUUUAUGAUAUAGAGGAUGAGAAAUGGGAUUAUCUUCCUCCCAUGAAAUCGGACUACAUUCCUCCUUUGAUUUGGAGAGAUGGCAGUGUAUGUAUUGAUGACAAGUUUUAUGUGGUGAGCCACAGGCAGAAGUAUAUACAAGCUUAUGAUCCCAGCACAAGAUAAUGGAGCACUAUAAGCACUUCCUAUGAUGGCAGUAUGCAGGCUUGUUUGGCUGCAUUUGGGCGGAUGUAUCCCGAUUUGUGUAGGAAAAUUAUAAGGUGGGAUUUUCGGGAACAGCAAUCCAGCAUAGCAUAUAUAGGAACGCCUGCUAUUAAACUCUGCUUGCUUCGAGGUGUUACAAUGUGGCAUCAACAGAUAUUAAUUGUUGGAGACGACAAGGAAGAUGCGACGUUCUUUUAUCUGUUUGAGCCUUCAGUACAAGCAGGAAAAGAAGACAAAUGGACUGUCAUCAGAACUUUGUCUAAAACAGAGCUCCCAGACAAAAUCGAUAUCAUUGGAACUUUGGCUUUGUAAUUUAUGCAAUUGAAAUAUUUCAGUGUUGUAA